AUGCAUACCAACUACAUUUUCUCGGCUCUUGCCCUAGCUCUUCCCGUAUACUCGCUUAACUCCACCGCUAGUAUGGGCUGCUACUCUGCCGUCGAAUCAUUCAAGAACCAGGGUCCCUUCACCUAUCAAUCACCAGGACAUUGCCAGUUCCAAUGCGCAGACAACGAUUUCAAGGUCGCUGCUCUGAGCCGCGGCGACAUGUGCUACUGUGGCAACAAAGUUCCCUCAGAUUCCGCCAAGGUCGCCGACGAUAAAUGCGACAUUGUCUGUCCUGGGUGGCCUGAAUCAACCUGCGGCGGCAUUGAUACCUUCAAUAUCAUCUUGGCGGCGGAGGACCUACAAGCCUCUCCUUCCGAAAACGCCUCCACUACUAUUGCACCUACUGCUGCCACCGCAGCUGGCGGAAUCAUUGUUGCUGCCUCGACUGCUAGCACACCAACUAGCACUGUGACCGCGGCCUCAACCGUGAGCUCCAAGAGUGGAAACACCGUAUCCAAGUCUGCUGCUGCCUCCGGCACUGCCGCAACUGCCUCGCCCACGCCCACGAAUAACGCUGCCGGAACGGUCCGCGCGGGAUCAUCGCUGCUCGGCGCUGCUAUUGCGGGUAUGGGCUUGCUUCUGUGA